UACGCAAAUAACCUAGAUAUUUCCGGUGCCAGGUCCACGAAGUAUCCAGAAUCAGCCUAUAAAUUAGAGCCGCACCUCGGGCACCAGGGGUUUCCUUCUUUUCUCUCCUCUUCUACGACUCUCUCUAUCCCCGACCCAAAUCGACAUCUUGAAGAAACUAGGCGACAGAUAGCGAACCCUAGAAAUUUUCAAGCGAUCUUUCGAUCGGCCAUGACUGUAGACCAGAGAUCCGUCGCGGCGGCGCCGUUGGAGAUCCCGGCGCUUCAGCCAGGAAGAACACUUGGAGCAGAGGCAAAUACCCGGAGUCAUGUUUCCGUCGAAUCAAUAGGAAGCUGUACUCUUCCCUGUAAUGAGUGCGAACUCUCGGCCCAGCAAACCCCCAAAGGAGUUGCGCCAGUGGCGUCUAUUCUGCGGAAAAAGCGACCCCGUAGAUCACGCGACGGGCCUAAUUCAGUCUCUGAGACGAUCAGGCGGUGGAAAGAAGUCAACCAACAGCUGGAGCAUGAUCCAGAGGGUGCAAAGAGGGCAAGGAAGCCACCUGCAAAGGGUUCAAAGAAGGGCUGCAUGCAGGGGAAAGGGGGACCUGAGAACACGCGGUGCAAGUUCCGUGGUGUAAGGCAACGCACUUGGGGGAAGUGGGUCGCUGAAAUUCGGGAGCCAAAUCGGGUCAGCAGGCUCUGGUUAGGAACAUUCCCCACAGCUGAAACUGCUGCCUGUGCUUAUGAUGAGGCAGCCAGAGCAAUGUAUGGUCCGCUGGCCCGUACCAACUUCACCAUACAGGAUGUGCCAACUCCUGCUGUGGAUAUACCAGCGGUUGUUCAGCGUCUUCUACCUGGUGGUUCAACAUCAUGUGAGUCUACAAUGACAUCUAAUCAUUCUGGCAUCGUGGCUUCCUCGCGAGUUCUGGAGAUUUCUAGUUCGUUGAAGCAAUCAGAUGUUGGCUCCGAGCAUGACCAAAGAAGCAAUCAAUAUUCUUCUCCUCAAGCUGGGUCAAGCGUUGCAAGGAGCAGAGCUGACGACCUCUUUGAGCCAUUGGAGCCUAUAGCAAAUUUGCCAGAUGGGGAAGAUGAUGGUUUUGAUAUUGAAGAACUGUUGAGAAUGAUGGAAGCUGACCCGGUAGAAGCUGCUGAACCGAUGGUUGAGAACUCGUGGACUGGGUUCCAGGAUGUGGGAGCAAACACUGUUGUCGAUUUUGACCAACAGGAGCCUUCAUACCUGGAUGACUUCAAUCCAAGCAUGCUGGAGGGCAUGCUCCAAUUGGCCGAGCCGUUCCCCACGUGUAUUUCUGAAGAUCGGGUCAUGUUCAACCCUGGAUUGCGAGAUGCUGAUCUAAGCGAGUUCUUUGAAGGGCUAUGAUUCCUUCAAGAAGCCAAACUAAGUUUCUGGCUUUUGGCCGGCAUGCUGGACGUUUGCUUCGUUCAAUGAAGAUCACGGAUUGGAUUCCUUUGCAGAACUAAUAAGCUUCGAAUCUAGAAUUUUGUGCUUUGUUUUUAGAUCUAUUAGGCAUGGGAACUCCUUAAUAUUUCUUGAGCUAUGUUUGUGUAUGAAGAUCUUCGAUGAAGCAGGGUGAAUUGAAGAUGUGAAUACCAGCUGAAAGCCUUGUUUCGUCGUCAUUCAUUUUCUUUGUAGUAAGCUAUUUUGUGUGAUUGUUAUUUCGUUGUUAACGUUUCCAUGAUCAUUUAUUUUGUUA